AUGCUCAAGUACUUCUUCGUACAUUUCAUCUGGCUCCUGUCGCUGAGUGUGCAGCUCGUCCGGGCGAUGGGGACCGGAGCAGAGUGGAUCAUACGUGCCAUCCGCAUGCUUUGCUUCAUUCUGCUGGUGGCGCGCUACUUCAUGGGCCACUGGUGGUGGUAUAUCACCUCGCCUAAUAUCAUCCGCGGUGUCGCGUACCGGUCCUCACCUAGUGUGAAGCGCCAAAACAUUCUCAAAGUCAUCGGCGAAGAGAAGCGGGGUCAUCGGGAGUCUACGCAGCGAAGAAUAAGCCUGGGCGGCUUGUUUCACCGCAAAGGUGGGGAAGAAUCCUCGGCGCAUGUAACCGACAACAUGGGGGAGGACGCUGUGGAUCAGGAAAUCAUGCAAUGUGCGUCCCUCAACAUUAACCCGGCUGACGGAAGUCGCAUCGACGGCAUUCCCUGCUCCUCUUCCGCGGAACUUCUGGAUGCGAUCAGCGAGUUGCUGCACGAGGGGCACAACAGCAGCAGCGGCGAAUUCACCUUGUCGGCAGCAGAAGAUUUGAACCUGCAAGCAAGGGCCCAGCUAGAUAUUAUACUGCCGGUGCCUUUAGACUCACUCUUGCAGUCACUUUCUUACGCAAGGUCUAAUGCCAAAUUCGGGCGCAAGAAGUUCCCCAUUGUGAUCUCCCUCAACGGUGGCGCGUGGAUCAUUGGUAGCCACUUGUGGAGCUCUCUGAUCGGGCGACUUCUUGCCGCACGUGGGUAUCUUGUGUUCUGCCCCGACUACCGCAACUUCCCGCAGACAGACAUGGAGGGUAUGGUGCUCGACGUGUCGGAUGCAAUUCGGUGGGUACUUCGGAAUGCCGAACGCUACAAUGGCGAUCUGGAGGAUGUCACACUCAUCGGCCAAUCUGCAGGUGCACACCUCACAAUGAUGUCGCUUCUAUCGCAAGCGCAGUUGCACGCGCAAGCCGCUGGGGGUGGGCCACCGCCAUCCAAUAUGGCCUACAACGUCCCGCGGUACAAUCCCCGCCUGUCCAUUCACCGGUACAUUGGACUGAGUGGAAUUUACAAUGUGCGCGGGCUUGUGACGCACUUCCACCGCCGCGGGUUGUACCGCAAAGUGCUGUACGAGAUGGCGGGUGGUCGCGCCAACCUGCCGCGAUACUCGCUGAACUCCUACUUUGAAGAGCGGCGAAGCGGUGACACGGGAGAGGUGCUGCCAAACAACAUCUUUGACUUUUUCCCGCGUCGCAUGUUCUUCAUUCACGGCGACGCCGACUGUAGCGCUCCCGUAUCGGAGUCCGCGAAUCUUGCCUUCGUGAUGCGCAACGCANGUCGCAUGUUCUUCAUUCACGGCGACGCCGACUGUAGCGCUCCCGUAUCGGAGUCCGCGAAUCUUGCCUUCGUGAUGCGCAACGCACAGCGUGACCGCAUGUUGUCCCGAAUCGCCAGCAAGGAAAGACUCUCGAUGCUUAGCGGGACGCAUCUGUCCCUCUCCGCGGAUAACAGCGCCAUUGUGCGCAACGGCGGUCCUCCCUCAGCCAGCGCCACCGUGGAGAUGGGGGCUGUGCCGGAAGGGAAACUUCCAUCGUUGUAUCUCGCGGAGCGCUCCGCUCUCAGCAAUGUGGACUCCACCGACCUUGUGGACAUUGAAUGGCUAAUGAUCCCAGACGCAUCACACACUGACCCGAUCGUAGAGGAGAUUCUGCUUGAGGGCCGCAGCUGUUGUGUUGAAUNUAAUGAUCCCAGACGCAUCACACACUGA